AUGCUUUCGGCGUUUCGACGAUUUCCAUACUGCAAUCUCUCUUGGAUAUCAGUAAGUCAAUUCAGCAUUUCGGCGACGAACAAUGGAAAACAAGUUUUCUAUCACAAGGAUCUGGAAAUUAAGCAAGCCAAACCGGAGGAGCGUCAACCAUUGCCAAAAAAGGACCAGCAACUUGGCUUCGGUGUGAUACAUUCCGAUCAUAUGUUUGAAGUGAAUUAUGAGCUUGGUAAAGGGUGGACAAAACCAGUCAUUCGUCCUUAUACCAAUCUAUCGAUCGAUCCUGCAGCUAAGGUGCUACAUUACGCUUGCGAGCUAUUCGAAGGAAUGAAGGCAUAUCGUGGUGCUGAUAACCGUAUACGCUUGUUCCGCCCCGAACUCAACAUGGCUCGAAUGCGACGUUCGGCUGUACGAUGCGCCUUACCUGAUUUUGACGGAAAAGAACUGUUGAAGUGCAUCAGGGAACUGGUGAAAAUUGAUCAAGCAUGGGUUCCGUAUCAGAAAGGAGCUUCACUUUACAUCCGUCCCACGCUUAUUGGCACCGAACCAUCGCUUAGCGUAACCCUAUCCAAUGAAGCCAAACUAUUCGUCAUUACUGGACCGGCUGGAGCCUAUUUUGACACAUUUGAUCCCGUAAGUCUACUAGCCGAUCCACAGUAUGUACGAGCAGCCAAAGGAGGAGUAGGAGCAUUCAAAUUGGGAUGCAAUUACGCACCAACGAUGAAGAUUGCAGGCGAUGCGCUAAAAAAAGGCUGCAAACAGGUGUUGUGGCUAGCAGGACCAGAACAGCACAUCACUGAAGUAGGUGCUAUGAACGUCUUCAUGUACUGGAAAAACGAAGAGGGAGAAAACGAGUUGAUUACCGCUUCACUAGAGACAGGUAUCAUCUUACCCGGCGUUACGCGCCAAUCAAUACUUGAACUCGCACGCGAAAUGGGCGAGGUCAAAGUUACUGAACGAGACUUCACAAUGGAUGAGCUUCGAAAAGCUCUGAAAGAAAACAGAGUUUACGAGAUAUUCGGUGCAGGAACGGCUGCCGUAGUGAUACCAGUCGAUAUGAUCCUAUACCAAAUCGAUGAUCACGAGGAGAAGCUAAAGAUCCCAUUGAUGGAAAGCACGAAAUCGCUUAUGCAAAGGCUGUUCAAAGCAAUUACGGAUAUUCAGUACGGACGAGCAUCACGCCCAGAAUGGAUUGUUGAAAUUUGA